AUGGUGAGACUGACAGCCGACUUGAUUUGGAAAAGCCCUCAUUUCUUCAAUGCCAUUAAGGAGCGCGAAUUGGAUCUUAGAGGUAACAAGAUUCCUGUAAUCGAAAACUUGGGUGCGACUGAGGAUCAAUUUGAUACAAUUGAUUUGUCUGACAAUGAGAUUGUCAAGCUGGAAAACAUGCCCUAUCUUAAUCGGUUGGGCACUUUGAUAAUUAAUAACAACAGAAUUACCCGUAUCAAUCCCAACAUCGGAGAGUACUUGCCAAAACUACACACAUUGGUUCUUACAAACAAUAGGCUUGUCAAUUUAGCGGAGAUUGACCCUCUUGUUUCUCUUCCAAAGCUGCAGUUCCUUAGUCUUUUGGAUAAUAACAUCACCAAAAAGCCCAAUUAUAGGCUCUAUGUGAUUCACAAACUAAAAUCACUUCGGGUUCUAGAUUUUAAGAAAGUCAAAGUCAAGGAGAGAGCAGAAGCAGAACAUUUGUUUGCAUCCAAAGAGGUUGAAGAAGAGGCUAAAAGGGAAUCUGUCAAGACAUUCACUCCAGGCGAGGUUCCAAAUGUUCCAGAAGUUGCUGAUGAACAACAGGCUCCUCAAGUGGUUGCCCCUACACCAGAGCAGAUUUUAGCAAUCAAGGCUGCCAUUGUCAAUUCCCAGACUCUUGAAGAAGUUGCACGACUUGAAAAGGCACUGAACUCCGGUCAACUUCCUGCAGAUCUUAAAAUUUUGGAUGAUACUGGGUCAGACAGUGUCAAAGAACAAGAUGACAAAAUUGCUACUGACAGUCAAAAUGAGGCCGAGCCAGACAAUUCGGAGGAACAAAAAGAUAAUGAAGCCACACCUAUGGAACAGGUUGACUGUAUUUUGAGAGCAAUCUUAGAGACAUUUUACGGAGCGAAGGACGGAGGCAGAGAGAGUGCAGGUGAGGAAUACCUUGCUUCCAAGGGGGUGGGGGGAGGAAGGAUAUUUGUAGAGACAGAUAAUAUUAAAAGGGUACUUGUUUUGCGCAUAGCUGAGGAAAACUACAGGAAACGAGAUGAGUUUCUCUCGGCUGCUAUGAUAUCUGCAAAAGCCUGUGCCUCCUCAAGAGAUGGUCAUGGUCUGGAGGUGGCAACUUUCUUUUUGCUCUCUUUUUUCAAUCUUGAGAAGCAUAGUUCAAGCAGCAUCAAUGACAAGUUUGGGUCGCCGCUGUUGAAUGCUUCCUCUGCUGAUGCAUGCAGUAGGGCUUUUCCUGGCUGUUCGUUGCAGUCCGAUUCAUGGAAUGAUGUUUCAGAAUUAAAGAGGGAUGAUUUGAAGCCGCUGAUGUCUUACAUAGAUGAGAGCGAUGGAAGUCCCUCGUGGCGGCAGUUCAUGAUGGAACUUUCCACCCCCAAUUUGGCAUACCAAGCUUGGUAUCGUGAUCCGCUGGUGCCAACCUCUUCUAUUGUCAAUUUUAUUUCCUUCCAUUCAUGCCACUGCAAUCCUGUAGUCUGUUAUCAACAUAAUGCACAAAAUUUCAAAGCUUAUUUUGCUACUAAUACAUAA